CUGGCGGCGCCGGGGCCCGGGGCGGGGGCUGUGGCAGCAGCUGCAGCGGCGGCGGCGGCGGCAGCGCCUAGAGCUGCUGCGGCAGAGGCGGAGGCUGCUCCGGGACGCGGCCGCGCCGCGCAACCAGAGCCCCAGCCCGGAGGCGCCGGGCGGUGCGCUGGGUGCUGCUGCUGCCGCCCGCCCGCCGCCGCCUGGGCCCCCGCUGCCCCCCGGGCCCCGGCCGCCGCCCGCGCCCCCGUCGACCCCGCCCGCGAGUGUGCCCCAGCCCGGACGCCGCCCCCGGCCAGGUCUCCACUUCUCGGCCGCACCUCCCAUGACAGCGCCCGCUCGAAGAUGGCUGCGAAGGGCGCGCACGGCUCCCACCUGAAGAUGGAGAGCGAGCUGGAGCGCUGCCGCGCCGAGGGCCACUGGGACCGCAUGCCCGAGCUGGUGCGGCAGAUGCAGACGCUGGUCGUGCCCGGCGGCGGAGGCGGCCGGCGAGCCAGCCCGAGCGCCGCGUUCACCUCUCUGGACACCGAUGACUUUGGGAAGUUGCUGCUGGCCGAGGCCCUCCUGGAGCAGUGUUUGAAGGAGAACCAUGCCAAGAUAAAAGACUCCAUCCCUUUGCUGGAGAAGAAUGAGCCGAAGAUAAAUGAAGCCAGAAACUAUCUGAGUAGUAUCCUUAACCAGGGGAGGCUGUUGCCACAGUACAUGUGUGAGGCCAUGCUGAUCCUGGGCAAGCUGCAUUACGUGGAGGGCUCGUACCGAGAUGCCAUCAGCAUGUAUGCGCGGGCUGGGAUUGAUGACAUGUGCAUGGAGAACAAGCCCCUGUAUCAGAUGCGGCUGCUGGCAGAGGCCUUUGUCAUCAAAGGCCUCUCCCUGGAACGCCUACCCAACUCCAUCGCUUCCCGCCACCGCCUGACCGAGAGGGAGGAGGAGGUGAUCGCCUGCUUCGAGAGGGCCUCCUGGAUCGCUCAGGUGUUCCUGCAGGAGCUGGAGAAGAUAACAAAUAACACGACAUCACGGCAUCUGAAGGGCUCUCACCCGCUUGACUAUGAGCUCACCUACUUCCUGGAAGCCGCCCUCCAGAGCGCUUAUGUGACAAACCUGAAGAAGGGGAACAUCGUGAAAGGCAUGAGAGAGCUCCGGGAGGUCCUACGGACGGUGGAGACCAAAGCAACUCAGAACUUCAAAGUGAUGGCCGCCAAGCACCUGGCAGGGGUCCUGCUGCACUCCCUGAGCGAGGAGUGCUACUGGAGCCCCCUGUCCCACCCACUGCCUGAGUUCAUGAGCAAGGAGGAGAAUUCCUUCAUCACGCAGGCCCUGCGGAAACCUCACCUCUACGAAGGAGACAACCUCUACUGCCCAAAGGACAACAUUGAGGAAGCCCUCCUGCUGCUGCUCAUCAGUGAGUCAAUGGCUACUCGGGAUGUGGUGCUGAGCCGGGCGCCGGAGCAGGCAGAGGACCGGGCAGUGAGCCUGCAGAACGCAGCGGCCAUCUACGACCUCCUGAGCAUCACGCUGGGCAGGAGGGGGCAGUACGUCAUGCUCUCUGAGUGCCUGGAGCGAGCCAUGAAGUUUGCGUUCGGAGAAUUCCACCUUUGGUACCAAGUGGCCCUCUCCAUGGUGGCGUGUGGGAAGGAACCCUGCGCACCACGUCAGUCUGCAUGGUUGGCCCACUCGGCCCUCAGAAGAGGGGCCAGACGUCGCCUUUGCCAAGAGCCUAAGUCAGCCUACGCCGUGUCGCUGCUGCGGGAGUGCAUGAAGCUGCGGCCCUCGGACCCCACUGUGCCCCUGAUGGCUGCCAAGGUCUGCAUCGGGUCCCUGCACUGGCUGGAGGAGGCGGAGCACUUUGCCACGAUAGUCAUCGACCUCGGGGAGGAAGCUGGUGAGUUCCUCUCCAAGGGCUACCUGGCGCUGGGGCUCACCUACAGCCUGCAAGCCACCGACGCAACUCUGAAAUCCAAGCAAGAUGAAUUGCACCGGAAAGCACUGCAGACCCUGCAGAGAGCCCAGCAGCUGGCGCCCAGCGACCCGCAGGUCAUCCUCUAUGUCUCCCUGCAGCUAGCCCUCGUCCGCCAGAUCUCCAGCGCCAUGGAGCAGCUGCAGGAGGCCCUGAAAAUGUGCCGGGAUGAUGCCAACGCCCUCCACCUGUUGGCACUCCUCUUCUCCGCCCAGAAACACUACCAGCAUGCUCUGGAUGUUGUCAACAUGGCCAUCACGGAGUAUCCCGAGAACUUCAACCUGAUGUUCACCAAGGUGAAGCUGGAGCAGGUACUGAAAGGCCCGGAGGAAGCCCUCGUGACCUGCAGACAAAUGCUGCGGCUGUGGCAGACCCUGUACAGCUUCUCCCAGCUGGGAGGCCUGGAAAAGGAUGGCAGCCUCGGCGAGGGCCUCACACUGAAGAAGCAGAGUGGCAUGCACCUGACUCUGCCCGACGCCCAUGAUGCAGACUCUGGCUCCCGGCGGGCAUCAUCCAUUGCAGCAUCCCGGCUGGAGGAGGCCAUGUCGGAGCUGACCAUGCCUAGCUCAGUCCUGAAGCAGGGCCCCAUGCAGCUGUGGACCACGCUGGAACAGAUCUGGCUUCAGGCUGCUGAGCUAUUCAUGGAGCAGCAGCACCUCAAGGAGGCGGGUUUUUGCAUCCAGGAGGCAGCAGGCCUCUUCCCCACCUCGCACUCGGUACUCUACAUGCGCGGCCGGCUGGCCGAGAUGAAGGGCAGCCUGGAGGAGGCCAAGCAGCUGUACAAGGAGGCACUCACGGUGAACCCCGAUGGCGUGCGCAUCAUGCACAGCCUGGGUCUGAUGCUGAGUCGACUGGGCCACAAGAGCCUGGCCCAGAAGGUGCUGCGGGACGCCGUGGAGAGGCAGAGCACGUGCCACGACGCAUGGCAGGGCCUGGGCGAGGUGCUGCAGGCCCAGGGCCAGAGCGAGGCGGCUGUUGACUGCUUCCUCACGGCCCUCGAGCUGGAGGCCAGCAGCCCGGUGCUGCCCUUCUCCAUCAUCCCGAGAGAGCUCUGACUCUGCCCUGCGGCCACAGGGAGCCUGGGUCAGGGGAGGUUGGGGCCUCAGGGAAAUACAUCUCUAGGGAACACUUCUGCAGGCUGCAGCCCCAGUUCUCCUCGCCUCUCCCAGCCACCCCUGUAUUCCCUCCGGGGCCAGCUGGCUCUGGGAGCUGCUCAUCUGGAGCUGGGUGGACCAGAUUUGCAUCAAAAGCAAAUCCCUUGCUCCUUGGGAUUUAGACAGACAUCAUGGCAUUCGUGAGCAAGGAAGUAACUGGGAGGCCACACCAGCACAGGGGCCCCUCCCCAGAGAAUACGUGCAUCCUCUAAGUGUGCAGUAAGGGUCAGUGUGGCUUGGGUACCUCCCCUGCCCGUCUAGAAGCCCCUGUGAUGUACGUGCCCCUCCCUAACGUCCCUGACACUGGGUUUCCCGGCUUUGCACAAGCUUUAGGCUUGAACCUCAGCUCCCUGCCCUCCAACACCAAAGAUGCACCCCACCAGCCGCCCUCUGACCGAGCCAAGAGGGUUUUCCUGGGCUCCUUCCUCGGCGCCUCAGGAGACAGUCUCGUCUGCUUGAACCCUAAGUGACUUAAGCUGUGGUGACUGCACCUGCUCCCGAGAGUGCUGGCAGGGGAGCCUCGCCGUUGUGCUGCACCCCAACCCCUGCCUCUGAGCCUUAGGGAGCCCCAUGGUUCGCACGCCUCGGUUAGACAGGGUUUGGGAUCACUCUCAGGUUUUGCCGAGGGCGGUCAGGGCUUGAAGAAUCUGCUGGCAGGUGGGAGGAGGAUGGACCUCUGGGUCCUUCUCCCAGACUUUGACUUAGUGGAUGAUGCCUGCUGGUGCCCCUCUUUGCCCAAGGAGGCCGGCUGGGCCCCACUGUGCUCUUCCUCUCUGCUGCCAAGUGCCUUUGGGGCCUCUGGGGUCUGGCCAGGGCCACUGAGCACCGGCCCUAACUAACCUUCCAUUUCUGCCUACCCCAUCUCCCUGGAAGUGUGCCCCAGCCCAAGCAGCCUCCUUAGGCCCUAGGCCAUAGCCCCCAGGAUGGGCCUCAGGAUACAAACAGGGCUGCUGGACCCAGCCCUCAGACCUUGCAUCAGCAUGUCAUUCCUUCAGGCCUUACCUUUCUGGGCAAUAGGUACAAUGCAGAUCCUCUAAGGCCUAUGAUGUGGAGAUAGGCAGUCUCUAGGACUGUCCCCAGUACAUCUUACUACCCACAGCCCGUUUUCAGCUCAGGCUUUCUUGGGUGACCUGAGCCACCCUUCCCCACCCCCUGCCUGGGGCCAAAUGAGGACUGUGGUUGGAGACCCAAGGAGGAUAGAGCCUGGCCCCUCCUCUCUGGUUGCGCAGGCCUCUGUGUACAUGACACCCUUGUCUGCAGGGGUCCCUGGGGGCUAGUGGGUGGGUGUCUUCCCUGCUGGCUCCCCCAGCCCUGCUGCACAAUGCUCUUGGAAUUCUCCCCAAGAAGUCAGCCCCUCGUGGGCCCAUCAGGAAAUUCCUUUUUGAUCUGCACUCGGGUUUUAGUUUUAAAGCUCCGUCUGGUACAUGUCCCAUUUUAAGGUGUGUGGAAAGGUCGGGCAAGGGCUGCCCUGGUUUGUCGUAGCCCAAGUCUGUUCCUCGGAGCAGGGGCUGUUAGAGACCCACCCUCCUGGCCGCAAUGGCUCAGCGCUGCAUAUGCCCAGAUGCUCCUUCCCAGGGAGAGGCUGCACCCCUGGCCUUCCCCCACCCGGCCAGGGGACACUGGGAGACACCAAAUCCUUUGCCUCUUGGUUGAAGGCUCUCUCUAUGUGUAUGUCUAUGUACAAAUAUAUAUAUAUGAUAUAGAUCUAUUUUUAUUCUGGAAUUCUGUUUAAAAAAAAAGUAAACAAGAAAAAACAAGUGCUGUUGCUUUGCCUUGGGGGGCCCAAAGAUGUGGGUAGUCAGUUCUUGGUAACAGGAAAGGCACUGAACGCGCUCAACUUGAAGCAUUUCCUUGGAGGAGCCCCCAGAGGGGCUGGCCGAGUUGCUGACAGUUCGCAAAUUGAAUAAAGAGCCCCUUGAAGGUUUGUCUGAAGCAG